AGGCUCAGCAUUGUAGGUAAGAACGAGUUAAGCUGAGAUAAAUUUUACAUUCAUUUCUCUUCCCGACAUAAGCAGAGAAACUCCAAAAUGCCAGCAGAAAAGCCCCCCGAGUUCAAGUUUCCCAUGCAUGAUUUACACUUGAAGCAAACGUUUCGCAAUGUAAAAGUGGCCUGCACUUUGUCCCUGAUAGCUCCACUUAUUUUGUACACCUUACACAACAAUCCGCGCAAGAGGAAGUACAGAAACUUUUACUCCAACUACGAUCCGAUGGAUGCGUUCGAUCGCAUGAUGAGUGGAGGCUACCUAUCGUCCUGUCCACCGGGCAGUGGUCCCAAAAAGGAUGACAAGAAGAAGAAGAAAUAGAUCAAGGCAGCGACAGUACCUUAUCUCAAUUCCCAUUGAACACCAUACAGAAUGCCACCUUUCAACUCUUGACAAAUUGACCAUGUGACCUCUUGUCGGCACUCCUCCCCUUAAUGGAAAUCAAAAUUUACAUGAACUAGUUUACACAUUACAUUACAAAUAAAUUGGAGCAUUGCAAACAA